AUGAAGGCAGCGCAACCCGUUGUUGUGGAUGUGGAAGAGACAUUUGACAGCGUGGCUGAGAAGUUGUGGUGUGCGUUACCCUCCGUGGCCAAAUUCCACGCCACAUUUGAGAAGACACCAAUUCUUGGUGCUGAAAGCGGCAAUGUGGGUGUAGUGCCACAGCAAUCCUCCGUGGAGGACACUUCUGAGGCUGCGGCAGCAAAACUGGACCCACCCGUGACAAUACGGGAUGCAGUGGUUCCUGUUGAUGAGAUGCAACACCUCGCUGGUUGUGUCUACACGGCGUGCCACACGAAUCCUGUGGACGCCGAUGUGGAAGCUGCUGUCGCCGCGAUUUUAGACAAAGGGGAUGAGGAAAAUUCUGUCGAAUACAGCUGGGGUGAUUUCCGUGAGUUUCUGGAGCGUGUCGAGUCGCAGUGGAUGGAGUGGGCCGACAUGGACCAGAAGUGGCUGGCAGUCACGGAAAGACAGCACAUUCAGGUACUGAAGGACUUGUUAGAGUCGAUAACUUAUGAUGUAGAACCUUUUGGACUGCUGCCACGUGACAAAGUUCUUACGAUGCGUUCCACUAUUGUUCACACGAAGCAGCUGCGGACUCUAUUUAAGACUUUCGUUGAUUUUGUGUCUCCUCCUGAGUACCCGGCGGUUUAUGACAAGCUGUGGGGGCUGCUUAUCGCAUCUCAAAACGGCUGUGAAGUUGCGGAAGUGAGCCCAGAAACCCCUCUUGAGCUGAACUCUUUCACUAAAUUCGUUCUGUGGUUUUGCCUUUCGAUAUUCGUAAACGCCACGGAAGCAGGAUUAGUUGUGGCUGCCAAGACGUUGUGGCUCAGGCACCUCAACGAGCGAGGUGUUAUGUUAAAAAAACAGUUUGUGGAUGUGUGUCGCUACAUGUGUAAGUUUUACAGUGUUGGUGGAAGUGAUGUAGAAUAUUUUGAAAAAUGUUGUGCCCGCAGUGAAGAAGCUCUACAGGGCUCAGACGAACUUCCCCCAUUCGCACUUUUCCAACAGUACAUGCAGCCCACAGAAGGCCGCAUGCUGGUCGACCCGAACGAUCUCUACAUUCCAGAAGAGCUCGAGCGGAGUAAAUGGAUGGAGGAACUUUACCGCAUGAAUUGCAGUUCCAACCGCAUUAUUGUUCAUGGCCGGCGGGGUGUUGGAAAGUCACAUCUGGCGGCUUCCUUGGCGAAACGGUUGGGUUGCGUUCACUUGGAUGCUGGAGAGCUCGCCCUCGAAGCAGAAGCUGCAGCUCCGGCCGAUCCACUCGGGGCACAGUUACGUGAAUGCACGGAUGCAGAUGCCCCCAUUUCGCUCGCAACCCUCGCAGCACUUGUACGCAAGAAGAUAUGUAGCAGCGAAACACGGUAUAGGGGUUAUGUGUUCAGCGAUAUUCCAUUUUUUUCUAGCGAGAAUGACGCGGAGAAAAUCAGUUUUUUUACCGAUUGUGGUCUUUUGGAUGAACUUGUGCCCACCACAUUUGUGCUGGUGGAUUGUGAAAACGAGUUUCACCCCGAACGACUUGAGGCUACACUGGCGGCACGGGAGUCAGACCACCAGGAAGAACUGAGUCUUUUGAAAGAGGAGAAAGAAGAGGAAGCUUCUUACGAGGCACUGGCGCAAAAAAUUGAGGAGUUGAAGGCGACAUUGUCGCAAAUUACUACAAAACAGGAGGUGGAGGGUGGUGCGGAGGCACCGGAAGGCGAGGAAGCGAACGCUCCGGAGCUGGAUCCCGAGGAGGUUGAGAAGGACUUGAAACAGUUACUUGAGGAUCAAACUGUACAAGAAGAGAGGAAGAUUGAGCAGGCUGAUUCCCGCAUCGCCCGUACCAAGAAGUAUAGGGAAUUGAGAUUAAGGAGGCUCGUUGCGCAAACUCUCUCCGAGGGAUACGAAAGCGGUAAUGAAAUGUCUCUGACAGCAUUGCCAUGUUUCGAGACCGCUCUCUGUCGUGCCCGCUUGAUGGGUCGGUGUUUGACGGUUGACUGUGCUUCCGUUGCGGAGGAGGCUGUUACCUACAUUGUGGACACGCUGUCAUUACAACCCUGCGUCAGACCCUGGGCCCUUGUUGACAAGGUGGAACGGGACCCCGAAAGGGAAGGAAGCGUAUUUGAUGACCCGGAUAUCGAGCGUCUCACGGAGGAGUUUGCCACCAACUUCGGUGUAAUGACCUCAAGUCGGUGGAAGCGUUUCUGCCCUGUGACAUUUGCUGAACAUGGCGUCUUGGUAGAGGGCUCCAUAGCUUUCGGAUGUGUGUUUCGGCAGCAGCUCUUUUACCUCGCAUCCGAGGAAAAGCUUUCAAUGUUUAGGGCAAACCCAUGCCUCUAUCUUGGUACACUUCCGCUGAGUAGGGAACCAAUACUUCUUCUUUCCCUUGUUGAACCUCAGAAUGAUGCGCAACUUUCACCCACUGAUAUGCAAAUAUUGGUACGGAAACUGCACGAGCAACUGGAUCUAACUCCCAUGGCCUUUAGUGAGUUCACUACCCUUUGGGACAGUCACCGGUUGUUGAAGGGGAAGCGUGCAGAAGUGUUGUCAAAUAGAACAAAGUAUGAAGUUGUUGAGCGAAAGCAGCGUGCUGAUCGGCUGAAGAAGCGUUUGGCGCAAGAGAAGCGAAAGAAGAAGUCUCAGAAGAGUCCUGGAAAAGGUAAGGGCAAGAAAGCUAAGUCUGUUGUGGAAGAAGUCACCGUAGAGGAAUACAAGGGGUGGGAGAAGAAGGCGGAGGCACCGGAGACUAUUGCCACACGCAUCGCGAAAAAUUUGGAAGAGAGGCUUGAACGCCAGAAUACACUUGUCCCCGUUUUGGUGCACGCGUUGGACGACAACCCCCUUAGUGGGUUCGAUCAAUUGUUUUCAGAGAAGGUCGUACCUCGCACAGUGGUCGUACUGCAGUAUGAGAAACCGACGAAGGCGGAGGAUAGUGCGGUGCUGGAACCGUCAGCAGCUGAAGGGGUGGAGGAAAAUAGCGGCGAAGUUCCAAAGGUUCUUCUCCCGCAAGAGGUCGUGCUGGAUAAGUUGUCAGACCUUCCGGACGGUGGUGUCGAUAUCGUGGCUGAGGUGUCACCUCAUGACGUCGCCAUUCACCGUAUUGUCGUUAAUGACAAGGAUGUGCACGCGUUAGUCACGGAAAUCAUGCAAGCUGUAUGCCCUGGUAUGGACCCUGUUGGGGUGGGCGUUGUUGAUGAUGCGGUGGGUGAGGAUGAUGAGGAAGAUGCACAGGAGUUUGAUGAUGAUGAAAACGAGGAGGAUGAUGUACCAACCGCAGUCAACCCCGCCAUCAAACCAGGAAAAACGUUCCUAAACCAGUUUGGUACCACGUUGGAGUUUUGUCCGGUGACUCUUUGCGAAAGGAGACUCUUAGUACGAGGCCAGAGUGAUCACUGUCUGCAGUAUCGAGGUUACGUGUACACAUUUGCUUCACUGGAGGCGAAAACAAAGUUUGAGUUCAACCCCCUUCGCUACAUGCGUUCCUCGUAUUCGCUUCCCCCAUGUCGCAUGUGGAUCGUUGGUCAGUCGAAAAGUGGUAAGAAGACCCUUGCACAAUCACUCCACGAAGCCUACGACGUGCCGUAUUUCCAAUACAAUAGGAAGUUGUUUGACCAGUGCGUUGAAGUCGCUAUGACUCCCACAGGUGGCGUGAUUAGCAAUAUUUUUAUCCCACCGCAGACUUUUGACAAUCCUUAUCUUGCAUUAGCCGCGGGGAUCUUAAAAGAGGUGCAGGAGUUUGACCCAGAACAGGAGCGGCGCAUGAAGUUGCGUGAGGAAGCUGAGCGAGAGCUGGAGCGACGCGAGGAGGCGGCAAACAAUGGGGAUGAAGAGGAGGAUGAACUCGACGAAGAGGCCGAAGCGCGGUUGCAGGAACAUUUGGCAUUCGAGCCUGAAACUGAGCAUGACCGUCAGUUGCGGCUAAGUGAGGCAUACCUGAAGGUUGCGGGUUGUGUAACGCACAUAGAGCCUUUCGCUUCGAAGGGUUACAUCAUGGUGUGCCCUCCCUUUUCUGACGGUGAUAUAGAGGUUCUAUCAUCCGUGGACGCUAUUCCUGAGGUUACAGUGAAUAUGGAGGUUUCGGAUGAAAUCUAUAUUAAACGUAACAAGGAGGCGAUGAGCAGCGUAAGUUAUUCUGAAAUGUCAUCAGGUGGUAUACCAGAAGUCCGUGAGGAGCCCGUGGUUAAUGAAGAAGCCAAACUUUUGAGGAGGUUAGAGUAUGAAGAUAGGCGGAAGGAGCGUGAAGUGGCCAGGUGGCGCCGUCGCCACAUUGGCGCAGAUGACCCGGAGUCAGACAUAGACGAGGAGCUCGGGGACGAAGGAGCUGCUGGAGGUGGGAACGAUGAAAGCCAAGAGGAUGAAGCUAAUGAGCGUCCAUUUGAUCAAGAUUUGAUCGUGGAAAAAGAAGCCGUUGGAGAAUUUGCGGAAGCUGUUGAGGAGCGUUCAAUCCCGAUGAUCGUACUCAAUGGCGAUCUCUCCCGGAAUGCCGUUUUUCGCAGGGCGGUCCGUCGGUUGAGUAGGUUUUUAGAAAAUCGUCGCUCCCUUUUGCACGCCCCGCAAAUUGUGCGGUAUGAGGAUGCCACUCGGAUGCUCGAGUCAGGCGAGGCAACCCUGUCAUGCUUCGGCAGCACCGAUCCCGUGACGCUGUAUGACCUCAGACACGGAAGUAGGCGUGUAUGCAAAUGGAGGCCGGAUGGUGCAUAUCUGGAGGAGGAACCUUUGAUAGAACCUGACUCGUCUUCUUCCGACGCCCAGGGGACAGCAGUUCCUGAAGGAAGUGAGGGUAAAGAUGAAUCAGAAGACACUCUCGACUCCGGCGAUAGAAAGCCAGAGCCCCCUCAGUUAGACACGUCUUCCACGGAGGGAGACACUGAAAGUGGUGACGAUGAGGAGAUGAGUGAGCUGGAUUCAGAGUUACUGGAUGAAAUCACCGAAAAAUUCGCUAAUCGACGUCGACGUGAAUGGCUUCGUACAUGCCAGCGUGUGGCCCUCCUCCAUGGCCGUUUAUUCUUCUUCGAGAGUGAUGAAACGCUCUUACGCUACAUGCAGAAUCCUCUUCUUUUCAUUCAACAGCCUCCGCCACAGCCUCCACUACGGAGCAUGCCCGUGAUUACAUUUUAUGACGAUGACGGUGCGUAUCCCCCUGAGAAUAGCGGGCCGUCGAGGAAGCGAUGUACCGCUGAGCACGUAGCCUUCAAUCUAAACUGGAUUUAUCUUUCUCUUCCGAAGCUCCUCUCCUGGAGCGCAGUAAAUGCUUCCUUGCUUUCUUUGUCGAGAAAAGCUAUUGAUGCUGUUCUUAGCGGUUCUGUGGAUGAUGCUUUGGUGGCCCGGUUGCUAGGUCAUCGACUCAAUGCGGCUGAUGCUAAGCAGAACGGCGUUGUGCUCCACAACUUGCCGAGGACCCCCGACCAAUACCGUCUGCUUUUGGCGUGGGGACUUAAGGUGGACAAAAUAUUUCAGUUUGAUGACAAUUACAGGGACGUUGCGACCCUAAUGAAGUCAACGGCCACCAUUGAGAAGCAACUGACGACAGCUCGAGUAUCUGUCGCCGGUCUCUCUGAAAUUUGCGACUGUAUUGAUGGUUUCGUCGUCAACGAGGGUCGUGCAAUUUUAUCUCACCUAACGGGGUUCCCUAUAGAUAUAGACAAUUCAUACCACACGGUAGCCGAUAUUGAAACGCAUCUCUCACCAUAUCGCUGGUUCUGCCCUUACAGUUGGUGUUUGGGUGAAAACCUUGUGGACCAGGAGAAGGCUGACUGCCGUUUCGCGGCUUUGUACGAUGGCCAGUACUACUUUUUUUCUUCUGAGGAGUACCUCGAGAGGUUUCUUCUGUGUCCCUCGCAGGUGACGCUUCCACCCGGAUUCAAAGCCCUCCCGACCCCUCUUCCCGUGCGGGUACAACCCAGCACAGAAUAUGCGUUCGAGUUGGAGGGAUGCUGUCCUGUUCUCUUAUACGAUACACGGGAAAACCGAGGCCUUCGUGGUGUAUUGGAACCUGUGGCAAGGAAAGGUAACCCGUCUUGCAUUGUUGAGUAUGGCGGUUGCUACUACGCCUUACUUGAUGAGGAAGCAGUCCGAAGGUUCCUCAUGCGUCCAUGGCAAUAUGUGGACGGAGCGAAGUUGCCGCCCUCGCGGAAGGUGCCACUACCGGAAGGUAAGACGAUGUCUACCAUUGAUGAAGAGGAGUUCAUCCGCCGUAUACUUUACGACCCUGUUGCGCACGCUCUGAUAGCCGUGGCGGAGGUGCGCCCAAAGUACUACGGGCUUUCGCUGGAAGAGUCUGCGCUAAAGUAUAUUGCCCUUCACAUGAAAUGCUUUAAUCCCAAGAAUAGUGAGAUACAAGCCAAGCAGUACAAGAAGAAGUUUGAAAUUUUCAGCAAGCAAUCUACAUUGUACAAAACUAUAACGAUGCAUUCCAACAGUAUUACGCAGAAUGAAAAGUUUGCAGAGCUUUGCGAUGAGUGGGAGAAUUCCAAGUAUGGCCGCGAAAAGGAGCUUUCAAUACACUGCGGUUGUGAGACCGAGCCUGUUUGA